CUACUCUUAAUCUUUCUCUAUCAUGUGAAUCAAUAGAAAAGUAAAUAAGCUGCUUUCAACAUCUUUUAAUAAAAAUUAUUACACAGUGUUUGAAAGCCAAAUCAAAAUUAUUAAAUAUUGUCACACUAAAAACAUGUUUACAAGUUGUGAAUACCGCCUGGCUUCCAACUCUACUUAAUUAAUCAGACAAACAUUAUCACCAAGUUUGGGAUCUGAGGGGCGUGUCGGGCUUUGUUAUGCCAGUAGUUUUUUUUCUAGAUUAGGGGUUGAGGGUAGGUAUAUUCUUUUAAGAAGUUUAUAGGCCUACUUCAUACCAAGUACUUUCAAGAAUGCUUUUUCGCAACUAUUAUAAACUAGAUAUGUUUGACUAUAAUUGUUAAUGCGAUUCCAUUUAAAAAAUAUGAAAUGGAAAGGAAUUAAUAUUAUUUAUAAUUUCAAUUUAGUAUUAUAAUAAAUAAUUAUACAUUUUUGACUUUGUUGACAUUUGGACAUUUGACAGUUUUUGCCAAUUCAAAUUAAACAAAUAUUUUGUUUUUAACUGCAGUUGUACAAUUUUUGUGGACUAAUUUUUUAAGUAAAUUGUUAAAAUCAUACUGAUACUCUAAAUAAGUAGGCAGUGUCUACAGUCUACACGUCCGGCGUGCCGGACGUCUAUCUCCAGCACUAUUUGUCCGGCGACCAAGUCACAUGACUGCCGUAACAAAUUGGCGAGAGAUAUCUUGUCGGUCAGCCUUGUUACGUGACUGCAAAUGAUUCAAAACUAUUGUUAAUUUUAAAAUCUAUUUCUCUACCAAGUAAUGUACUGAGUAUCUUGAAUGCAAAUAAUAGAAAAAACUUAAGUGAAAGUGGCUUGUAAACAUUUUUGUUUAGUUUGUUAUUUGAGUUUGUGCACCAGUAAUCCAUAAAAUAAAUUAGUAUUAGGGGCCAGUGUGGAGUAGGCAACCAAUAAAAGUAAAAGAUUUCAUUUUAAAUUGUUAGAAAAUAUUUAAAAACUUCUCAUGAAACUACUGUUGCUGAUGAACAUGAUAAUAUAAAUAUAGUAUAAAAUAUUUUACAUUAAAAUGGGAGAAAAAAAGAACGAUCCUAUCCCUCGUAUUGAUCCUCAAAUCAUAAUAUCGUCAAGCCACCACUCUACCACUAAUCCACACAAGAUCUACCAAACUGUACUUCGUUCGGAAUUAUAAAAACUACUAGCCGUCCGGCGGUCACGUGACAUACCGGCCGGACGUAUAUCUUGCGCACUAUUUGUCCGGCGCGCCGGAAGUGUAGACACUUCGAAAUAAGUAUUACUUAAGUCUUAACUAGCGGCGCGCCGGAAGUGUAGACACUUCGAAAUAAGUAUUACUUAAGUCUUAACUAGCUAUCCAAAUCCAGGUUAUUUAUUAUUUGUUUUUAUUCAUCUAAUUCUAACACUAAAAACUUCCUUUUUAUUUUCAAAAUCAACGUUUAAAUUGCAGUGCUGAUGUGGAAUACGUUCUAUCCGGAGAAGUGUUACCUUUGACAUAUUCAGACAUAGUGAAUAUUCACAUGAUUCAAAAUCAUGGCAGAUUUCUUGGCUGAAAACAACCAAUGUGGUCAAAAUAUAUUGCGUCUUGUGUCUAGAGGAAAUGCCAUUAUAGCUGAAUUAUUACGUCUAGCUGAUUUUGUUCCACCAGUUUUCCGUCUUGAAACACAGGCUGAUAGACUAAGAUAUGCUGACAUAUUGGCUGAUUUCAGUUAUUUUAACAGUACUGAACUCUUUGACAGCAAGAUUGAAUCAAGAGUUGUGAGUAAUAAAAGUUUUCAUUUUCUGUCUUUAAUCGCAAGUUUUAAUCCUUUCUGGAAAAUGAUUAGAACAUAUCAAUUACUGAAAAUUAAAACAGAUUUAUAAAAGUUAAAUGGAAUCUGACAUUGGAAUUUUUAAAAUUAUUUUAUAAAAAGUUCAUGGCCCUUUAGAAAUAUAAUUCAAGGGUGACAAUAAUACAUACUUUGACAAAAUUAUUUCUAGAUGCUCUGGAUUUUGCUUAUUUGGGCAUGCUGUAGUAUUCUGACCCAAUUUAGGGACAGCCUCACUAUAUACAAUGUUUAUCAAAUCAGUGAAACAAGUAAAUCAUUAAAAGGUUUCCCUUGAUGAAUAAUCAAUACAUUGUAAAAAUAAAUACUAAAAAUCAUCUCACUAAUAAAGGACAAUCAGUUUAAUUUUUUUCAUUUAUAUGGUAGUCUAUUAAUGGCAUAAAAUUGAUCAAUAUUAAGAGAUAUUGAAGUUCCAUAUUGGAUGUAAAUAUGUCCUAAUAUGAAACUGAAUUACAUUUUUCAUGUAACAAAAGACUGAAAACCUGGAUGCAAAGACAAACAAUAACAAAGCUAAUGAUCUUAACAAUAUUAAAUUUAAUUAUAAUUUUGAAUUGAUAUUAAAAAAUACAAAAUCAUAUAAAGAGAAAUAAAAUUAUAUUACAUUACAGCACAGCAAGUGAAAAAGUAUUAUUCUCGAAAGAAACAGAUAUUUAUAUACACACACAUAAAAGUUUACAAUCUUGUCAGCCUUCUAUAAGUAUAUGAUGUUUCGUAAAUGCCAAGGUAAUAUAGCAAAAAUAUCUUCUGGCUGAGAAAACUGCCAGCUUUUUUAAUAGGGAAUGAGUUGUAACAAUCCAGAAAAGAAAUUAUAGAAAUUGAAAAACCCAAUAGCAUUCUCUAGAACAAAGAGAAUGUAAACAAUUUUUUCCCAAAUGGGUUGGUACAGUGUUACACGUUUAUUCCUUGACGUCAAUAUCAAAAGAACAAAAGAGGUGGUCGCCACAAUACUAUAUUUAAUUAAAAUUAGGUCAACUCAAAUGCUAUAACACCAUGAUAUCCUUUUUAUUCACAGCCUCUUAAGUCAUUUCUAUGAUUAUGAUAACACUUUCUUUUUUAUAACUGAAUCUUUGCAAUUUUUGGAAUAAGCUCUAAUAUAUUUUUAGAGUAAAACAACAACAUCCUAUAACUAGAGAGAGGAAUGAAACUUUUGUGGGGCUAGGUUUAUAUUUUAAAAUACUACAUAUUUUCUUUUGCUACUGAAGGAAAAAACAAUUUAAUUAUUUAUAGAUAAAAAUUUGUUUUUUUACUGUAUAUUGUAAAAGAAGAAAGCCCUUUUAAAUAAUUUUUUGUUUUGUUUCUUGAAGGAUCUGCAAGAUUUAGAUGAAGAGUUCAGAGAAAACAACAUUGAAAUACUUACACGUUUUUACCAAGCUUUUUCCAGUGUCCACAAAUAUGUCACAGACCUUAACAGGUAAGUUAGAAUAUAAUUACUCCUGAAGUAAAAUAAUAUCUAUUAAAGAUGAACUUGAAGUGAACACUUUUCACUGUUAUAAAUGCAUUUUAAAAAAGUUUUUAAAUAUAUUUUAAUAAAUCAACUUAGAUUGAGUUUUUAUCUUGUCAAAUAGAUACUUGGAAGAUCUUGAAGAGGGUGUGUAUAUUCAGCAGACUAUGGAAUCUGUACUUCUCAAUGAAGAUGGAAAACAACUCAUGGUAAGUUCAGACUACUGAAUUUUAAGAACUAUAUUGUGUAAUUUAAUUAGCAUAGAAUUGUUUUACUACUGAGCACGGUGUCUUUCAUUUUGAAGUAGCCAAAAAUUUGUUAGGUUCAUUAUAUGACCAGCUUGACACAAAUUUAGUUUCGUCUGUUGUUGUUUUUUUUCCAGAAGAAAAUGGAAAAUUGUUCGUCUAAAAAUAUUAGGUUUUUGCAUCAAUUAUAAAUAUCUAGUAAAAUUAGGUUAAAAAAGUAACAUCCUUUCUAAGUCAUUAAAACAUAUUUAAAAAAAAGCAUACAAUUAAAUAAAACUUAAGCUCUGCUAUUUUACUCUCUUUCAUUUUUCAUAUUUAGCGUGAAUAUUCAUUAAUGCUAUGUAAUGCCAAAAGUUUAAAUUCAAUAUUUGACCAGUUUAAUUUCUUAAACAGUGUGAAGCCUUAUUUUUAUAUGGAGUGAUGCUGCUUAUCAUUGACACACGGAUAGACGGAAUCAUAAGAGAAAGAAUUUUAGUGUCAUAUUAUCGAUACAGGUUAGUCACAUUUGAUUUCAGGAUUAAUUUAUUUUAAAAUUUAUAUUGGUAAAUAUUGAUACAUUUAAUUCCACAAAGAAAUAUUGAAAUAUUAUUUUUUAAAUCCCAGUAUAAUAUCAAUUAAUAUUAAUUUUUAUUGUUAAUAUUUCAUGACCAUGUUUCAUUAACUUAAUUUCAACUUGGCAGUGCUCAGAAAGCUGCAGCAGGUGAUUCAAACAUUGAUGAUGUCUGCAAGUUAUUGCGAAGCACAGGCUUCACCAACGCCCCUGGAGCUAAACGUCCUUUACAGUAUCCUGAAUCUUUCUUCAGGUAAGGCUCAUAUGUGUAAUUAGAUCUUAGUUGAGAGGAUUGAUUUUUAUACAAGAAAAAGCUAUCAACAUUUCUUAGCUGCUUUGGCACAGUGAUUAAAUCUAUAUACAAAUAAUUUGUUUUUGCAAUGCCAAGUUUUCAUUUCCAGCUUGAAAAUAAAAUUAUAAUAAUCUCUGAGUACAUGAAAGAACUAAAUUGAUAAACUUUAAAAGACAAUAUCCUCAUUUGAUAUUUUAACAUAAAUAUAUCUAUGCAUUGAAACAUUUAGAGAGAAAAAUGUGAGAAAUGAGAAGAAAUAAUGCUUUGAUUGACCACAGUUUUAAUGUAGAGUUGAAGCAUACCAUAAUCUGUUUUCUGUGAGCCUUAAAAACACACUACUGCCAGGAUUUGGUUUAAAUCAUUAGACGAAAUUGAAAAAUUACUUUAGAGCCGUUAAAUUUACAUCUGGCUUAUAACCAUUUUUUUUUGCAUCUAACUUCUGCAAUCAUUAAUUUUUUUAUAGUCGAGUCCAAAUCAAUGCUGAGUAUGUUGACAUGGUGAUUGGUCGACUGAGGUCAGAUGAUAUCUACAACCAGAUUGCUGCAUACCCGCAGCCAGAGCAUCGCAGUACAGCCUUUGCCACACAGGCCAGCAUGUUGUAUGUUAUCCUCUACUUUCAGCCAGACAUUUUAUAUUCACAGCAGGCCAAAAUGAGAGAGAUUGUGGAUAAACAUUUUCCUGACAACUGGGUAUGUGUUGUUUACAAACUUAAAUAGAUGUGCUAGUUUAGUGAUAUUGUCAUCUACAUAUUAAGUUCAGUUUCUAUUUGUGACAAUUUUACAAACUUGGUUAAUAUAAGUUCAUUUCCCUAACAAAAGUGAAGUUUUGUUAUAAAGAUCUGAUGUUGAAAUGUUGCCACACAAAAUAGUGGGUAUAUUUGACAUUGAAACUCAAAUCUAUUCAUUGUCAACACAAUCUCCAGGUGGUCAGUGUGUAUAUGGGAAUGACAGUGAAUCUACUGGACGCCUGGCAUCCAUAUAAAGCUGCUAUGACUGCCCUGAACAACACCCUGUCUGUCACAAACAUCAGAGAACAGGUGACUCUUUUCAUUUUCAUCCAAUUUACUUUCCGUAUUUGCUCUUCAUUGGUUUAUUAUUAGCAAGCUCAUGAAAUCAAACCAACUAACACCAAAUUAAGAAAACAAAGCCUUUUUAAUGAACCAACAAAAAAAAUCAGUUUGAAUAUUCAGAGACAUAGCUCUAAUUCUAAUUACAUCAUUAAUUUUUCAUCUAUGAAAUUCACAGAUCGCUAAUAUGUUAUAUCAGGAAAGUUUUGUAUUUUGUUGAUGGCGAGAAUACUUAAUAUAAUUUAAUAGAAUUGCUUUUAAAAUAAGCAUAUACGACUUGCUGGAUUUAAGGAAAAAUUAAAUAAAAAGAGUUCACCAUUUCUUAAAUAACUACUUUGCAGGAAAUUUAGCAGCUAACCCUCAUCAACUGAAGAUGUUGAUUUUUAAAAAGUUUAUUAAAAAGCCAAUUUCAACAUUAAAAGGGAAUACAUUUUCAAACUGCUCUGACCGGAAAACAGCCCCUUUCAGAUGUUGAGUUUCUGCCUUAUAUUAAGUGAAAAUAGUUAUGUUGAAUUUUAUCUUACAGUCGGUUAAGUAUGCCCAGAAGGUGACAAGACUUCAGCCAGUGCUCACCAAAUACUUGAAGGAAGGAGUAUUAAAAGAGGAAUUUGUACUGGAUUCUAUCCAGAAACUCAUGAAUGUCUUGAGAGAGGGCAACGUGACCCUACGCUGGUUAAUGUUACACUCUGCUGCACUGGCUCCAAGUAGGUGUCUUAACAUUUAUUUUUAAGCUCACUCAUAUUAAUAUUGUUUUGUGUGGGUUUGAAAUUUAAAAAUAAUAUUUCAGCUUGCUUUUCUUAAAGUGUGCCAGUAACAUUUUAAGCAAUAUUUAAAAAAAAAUUAUUAUUAUUAGCCUAUACAAAUUAAGUUCUAAAUCAAAAAAAAAAAAAAUUGAUUGAUUGAAUAAUGUUAACUGUUAAAAAUGCUAUAAAAGCAUACUUGUUUAGUUUACUCUUACGAUUUUGAUGUACAAUGUACGAUUUUAAGGUGUAUACAUUAUAUAUUCUGUAUGUUUAUUUUUUAAUAUUAAUAAAAUGUAUUAAAUGAUUUUGUGAUGAUAUUGUACGAUUUUAAGCGUUUGAGAGUAAACAGGGUAAACAUAUAUUAUAUUUUUGCACAGCUUUUAUUAUUUUCAGUUGUCAUUUUAAUCAUGAAAUACUGUCCUAUAGGGUUUUGUUAACUAAAUUAUUCAGUUUUGAUUACAGCUAAUAUAAUAAUUAAACAAUUUAAAUUAAUUAUUCGUGCAUUAGUGCCAUUGGAUGUAAUAAUCAUAGCUGCUUUAUUAUUUUGACAAGAAAAAAACCUUACUGCAUGUUCUAUCUCUUAAAUUUUUAUCUCUAGGCUUUAAUCAGCCAGGUAAUUCAUUUCUAUCUAGAGUGAUGCCCCUUGACUUGUAAGCUCUCCUCCAUUACCUAAUUUUCCUCCUCAGUGCACUUUAUAUUAUUCUCCAUCAAAUUAAAAAUUGUGUGGCAAUAAUAAAAAAAAUGUGUGAAAUUCACUUGAGUUCUCAUUCACACAAGUUGCUCACCAACUUUGACAGGAAGGAAUGUUAUAGACUUUUUCUCCAUGAUUGCUAACUACCAAGGCCUAUACUUUUUAGGACAUAUGUGGAUACCCAGCUGAACUUUUAAAUACUUUAUCAUUUUGCUGGAAUUUGAAAAAAAAUUGUUUUUCAUCUAUCGAUGAUGUUUUGAUUUUAAGAUGAGCAGUAUUAAAACUGCUUCCCUCCCCUUUCCUCCCCCACCUCCCCCUAAAAAAAAGAAAAGAAAGAAAAACAACCUUGUGUGACAUGUAUUUGGAUCAGCCAUUUUGUAUUUUAUCUUUGACUCUGGAGUGAUAGAGAUAAUAAACACCUAAAGGUGUUUAAAUAAAAUAUAUUACAAUGUGAUAUCUUUAUAAAAUGGGCCAUGCAUAUUGUGGGCUAUGAUUAUUACAAAUAUACAAAUCUUCAGAAAAAGGUCCAAGGCUAAUUGUUACCUCAAGGUUGCAAACAAAGCAAUAAGUCAAAAACUCAUUAUUGUGGCAUUUUAUCUGAGACAUUCCACUAAAAUAAUUGAUGAACAUAGCCUUCUCAAAAAUUCAUGAUUUUAAUGAUGUGCUCUACAUUAACCUGGUGAGUACAGAACUGCUCAUCAGACUUUCUCUACAGUUCUAAAAAUAGUUACAGAUUUGCUCAUCAGAUUUUCUCUACAGUUCUAAAAAUAAUCACAGCUCUGCUCAAAAGACCUUUACAAUUCUGAAAAUAAUGACAGAUCUGCUCAUCAAACUUUCUCUUGAGUUCUAAAAAAAAUUACAGAUAUUGCUCUUAAGAGCUUAUCUACAGUUCUAAAAAUAAUGUGCAAAAAAAAAAAAACAAACCCCAAAAACAAAACUCUAAUAUUAUUACAUUUCCAAUCCAAGUAUUUGCAUCACAAUUGGUUCCCUAAUCCCCACCUUGUACAUUCCACAAAAUUAAUGUACUCCCACCUCAUUUGAAAAUGAUAUCAAACGUGGCUUUGUAAAUUAAAUCCUUCAUGCUAAAGUAAUUCUUUUAUAGCAUGGAACUGCUGAAAUGUUACAGAGCACAGCUCUCCAGCUGCGACUCAUGAAGAAUCCAAUCACCGGGCCUGGGAUCCACUUUUCAUUUCCAUUAGUUUGUGGCCCAAAUAUUCAAAUUUAAAAAAAAAUAAAUUUCCAAGAAAAGAAGCAUUUAAUGUUCAUUGUUAAUGGGACCACCAAGACACAUGACAAUUUUCCAUUGACAUGCUGAUAAAUCAAGCACAAGUUUGACAUAGGUUCAAAUGAUGUUUAAGGUAUUUCACAGCCCUGCGAGCGUUUCACAUUCUAGACAAGACAUAUAAUUUUAAAAGAAAUCUGAAGAAGGAUUAUGAACGUAAUGUUGUUUUUUUUUUUUUUUAAAUUAACAUUUAUUGUUAGACAUUUAAUAAUGCCACGACCCUUACCAAAUAAUAACAAUUGGUGACUUAGAUGUCCACUGUUGUGACUUAAUAUUGUGGAUGUUGAAAUCUACAACACGUCAUUCCCUGCAGGUGCUGAGCUGAACAAACGGAUUAAACAGAUUAGGGAGCAGGUGAUGACAGACUGCAAGUUUAACCCUCUCACUGUCUUUGAGCUGCUACUAAAUAUAGCACAGUUUGAGUUUAAGCUGAAAGAGGUUGGUAGAGGGCAUUACUUUUGUCCGCAAUAUUAAAAAAAACAGAUUAUCAUAAGGUUUCAUGAGAACAAAAACUGGAUUUUUGUAAUGAUGUUUAACCAAAAAAAAAUAUAUUAUGUAUUUAUUUCAUCAACUGCUAACUUUCUUCUCAUGACCAGUUUAACGCACAUAUUUUUUAUGUCACAGAUUGCCUCUAUUAAAUAAAAUGUUUCAUGUUGUUUUGUUUCACUGAUGGAAAUAACUUUGCCUCGUCCCCCCAGCUGUUCAAACAAAUGCUGGCGGAGAAAGAGCUCAAAUGGGAGCAGUACAAGAAGGAAGGGGCUGAGAGAAUGCAGGAGUUGAGUGAUGUCUACUCAGGGACAAAGCCAUUGACAAGGGUGGAGAAAAAUGGUGGGUUUUUACACACAUGAAAAAUCAUCAUUUUCUAAAAUAGAACUAUCUAUUUAAAUAAUUUGAAAACUGGAAAAUGGUUGGUUGAAAUUUUUUGAAAAGGCUUUUAUUGGAACACCUUAGAGAAAUAGUUUUUUUGGUAUGCACUUUUUUUAUGUCUCUGCUCGUAUAAAUUUAAUUUCGUAUAAUGUGUACUGCCUAAUCUUUUACAAAGGUACUGUAGCAUGUUUGUGACUUACAAGCCAUUUGACAGGUAGAUUGUGUAAGUAAGGAAGUUCCUGUUUGUGCACCAUGCAACGAUUAACACUCUGAUAUUUUGUUUUGUGUAUCGGUGUAGAUACAGUAAAGUUAAACAUUUAAUAGUUUUGACAGAAAUCUCCAGGUCUAAGUUCGUUUGUUCUUCAUCCUUUGUAUGCCAAGAUGACCAAGGCAACUUUCAAAUUGAGCAAUAGCCUUGACUUGAGCUGUAUUUUGUUUAGAGUUGCUCAAUUUAUAAUCAUCACUCUCUUGUCCUUUUUUUAUUUGAUGCAAUGGCAAGACUUGGUCAAGAAGCAUGGGAAUAGACCAGGAUGCAGUAGAUGACCAGCAGUGUGUGUUUGUGUAGCACUGUCCUCUUUAUGCAGGAGUCUCAGGAUUUCUUGGAAUUUUCAUUGUGUCAGUGUCUUAACACCUGUGGGACUCCAACUCGGGGUUUGAUUUGAGAGUUUGCCUUCUCUCGGAUGAGUUGCCAUCCAAGGUUAAUGAGUCCCAUCCACCUGGGUUGCUGGUGAUGUUUUAGCUUGUGUAGGCUUUAAGUAGUUAUAUUUCAGCUAUACAUUUAAUUGUUCUCAGACAAUCUCCAGGCCUGGUUUGCUGAGAUGAGCAAACAGAUCAACUCCCUGGGAUAUGAUGACUCCACGUCUGCCGGCCGUAAAAUUGUUCAACUUAUUCAAGCUUUAGAGGAGGUCAGACACGUUACAUUUCUGAGAUAUAUUUUGUGCCUUAAACAAGAGAUCUGAACUAUUCAAGGCUAAUAUUUUAUCUUUACAAAACUGUUUAUGAAGUAUUAUAUUUCUUUGAAACAAAAUUAUCAUUCUAGAUAAAUAGUGAACUGUGGCAUGCAUUGAGAUAGUUCUUAAUAAAAUUUUAUUUGUCUUUAUGUCCUUAUUUGCUACAUCUACUUCUGUAUUUAACGCUUUGCUCCAUCUCCACAACUUGACCAUCAGAUUGUCUAACUGAUGAAAGGGUUACUUGUGUGGUGGCUUGUCUGUGUUCAGUUUUUUCAAUAACCUUCCAGGUGCAAGAGUUCCAUCAACUGGAGAGUAAUCUUCAGGUGCGGCAGUUCCUGGCAGACACAAGGCAGUACCUGCAUCAGAUGAUUCGAACCAUCAACAUCAAGGAGGAGGUCCUGAUCACAAUCCACAUUGUAGCUGAUCUGUCCUAUGCAUGGAACAUCAUGGACAGGUGGGGCAUUUUUGUGUGGGGACAAAAAGGCAUUAUUUAAGAUUGAGCUCCCUUUCAUUUUAGCUUUAAGCUUUAUGCUAUAGGGCCUCUAUAAAGAUAAAAGUUUAUACAAUAGGGCCAAUAAAAUAAAAGUUUAUACAAUAUUGCCAAUAUAAUAAAAGUUUAUACAAUAUGGCCAAUAUAAUAAAGUUUAUACAAUAAGGCAAAUAAAAUACAAGUUUAUACAAUAGGGCCAGUAUAAUAAAAGUUUAUACAAUAUUACCAAUAUAAUAAAAGUUUAUACAAUAAGGCAAAUAUAAAUAAAAGUUUAUACAAUAGGGCCAAUGUAAUAAAGUUUAUACAAUAUGGCCAAUAUAAUAAAAGUUUAUACAAUAAGGCAAAUAUAAUAAAAGUUUAUACAAUAAGGCCAAUAUAGUAAAAGUUUAUACAGUAAAGCAAAUAUAAAUAAAAGUUUAUACAAGAGGGCCAAUAUAAUAAAAGUUUAUACAAUAGGGCCAAUAUAAUAAAAGUUUAUACAAUAAGGCAAAUAUAAUAAAAGUUUAUACAAUAGGGCCAAUAUAAUAAAAGUUUAUACAAUAUGGGCAAUAUAAUAAAAGUUUAUACAAUAUGGCCAAUAUAAUAAAAGUUUAUACAAUAUGACCAAAAUAAAGUUAAAAGUUUAUACAAUAGGUCGACUAUAAAGUUAAGAGUUUUAUACUAUAUGGUUACAAAAAGUAUGGGAGACCGAAAUAUCGGUCAGGCAGGGUAUGGAUUUUUAGCACACAAACUAAUAAAGCUGGAUCAUGGAUUCAAAGGGUUGAAAUCCAUACCCUGCCUGACCGAUAUUUCGGUCUCCCAUACCUUACAUUAUGUUACCAUAUAGUAUGUAAAUUGAUCGUGGGCCCUUAAGAUAUAGAAGAAUAAGAAAUCACAAUCUAAGACGUAUUUAAUUAUAGUUAAAAGUGCAUAAAUUUAAAUUUCACAAGUGCAUUUUUAUCAUUUUUAACCUGUUGGCAUCAAUAACUAAUUAUUUUUUUUUUUAAACAAUUCAAAUUUUUUAAAAAUGUUGUCAGAAAAAAGAAGUAGAGUAAAACGUCAAUCCUUAAGUCAGCUGAUGUCAACACGGGUGUGAAUAUUUUAUGUAGAUUAAUUACAAUGACACGCCUCGUCUCAUUGUAAGCAGAUGAUAUCAACACGGGUGUGAAUAUUUUAUGUAGAUUAAUUACAAUGACACGCCUCGUCUCAUUGUAAGCAGAUGAUAUCAACACGGGUGUGAAUAUUUUAUGUAGAUUAAUUACAAUGACACGCCUCGUCUCAUUGUAAGCAGAUGAUAUCAACACGGGUGUGAAUAUUUUUAUGUAGAUUAAUUACAUUGACACGCCUCGUCUCAUUGUAAGCAGAUGAUAUCAACACGGGUGUAAAUAUUUUUAUAUAGAUUAAUUACAAUGACACGCCUCGUCUCAUUGUAAGCAGAUGAUAUCAACACGGGUGUGAAUAUUUUUAUGUAGAUUAAUUACAUUGACACGCCUCGUCUCAUUGUAAGCAGAUGAUAUCAACACGGGUGUGAAUAUUUUUAUGUAGAUUAAUUACAAUGACACGCCUCGUCUCAUUGUAAGAUCAGUCUUGACCUUUCAUUAACUUCAUACAAAGGAAACCGCAAAGAGGCUCAUGCUUGCUGGGACAAGUUCUAUCAAUUAUUGCCCAUCAUUGAUACUUUUAAUUGUUUCCCUUUAGUUACACCAUGUACAUGCAAGAGGGAAUCAAGAAAGACCCAAGCCUUGUCAUUAAACUGAGGGCAACUUUUCUCAAGGUAAACGUUAGUUCUGAUCUGUUUGUUUUUAAAUUCUGGUUCGAUUGAUGUUUCAAGGGCUCACAAUUCGUAUGAAUUUAGUUUAGACGACAAAUAUGAAACAUAAAUGAAGUGAAAUGUUGUAUAUUUUAAAAUUUUCAUAUUGUCGUGACAGUUUAUUAGAUAUCCAUUAGUCAUGUUUUAACUUGUUAAAUUCUGCAACAAUAUUAUGCUAUACAAUACCGGUACUAGCCUCUGGUCAAGGAUGACUAUUUUAGUUUUAUAAUGACAUGCCCACCAUUUAUUAUUCUGCCACUGACAUUAUAACACUAGAUGGCCUCUGCCCUUGACCUCCCACUUCUGAGAAUCAACCAAGCCAACAGCCAAGAUUUACUGAGUGUGUCACAGUAUUAUUCUGGGGAACUGGUAGCCUAUGUCAGGAAAGUCUUACAGGUUUGUCUUAUAGGCUUGUCUUGUCCCCCAGGUUUGUCUUACAUACUUAGUAAUCACAUAAAAGAUCAGUCCUCAUAAAAUACAAGUUAUAAAGCUGCAAGGUUUACAUCAAUGAAAUUAAAUGCAACCUAUGAGUAUCAUUAGGUCAAAACUUACCUGUUGACUUCGAAAAACAUGUUGGCAGAAAGACUUAACCAUCAGAUAAAAUAUAAAUUAAAUUGAAGCAAAGAGGAACCAUGAAAAUAAUUGUAAAAAUUAAAGGAAAUGAACUUAGAUCUGUGGGCUCCAUUAACAACAGGUUCUUAAAAAUUUUGAAAUCUGACAGUCAUUUUUUGUUUAGUGGCUAAAAUAGCUGACCAUUGAGAAAGCUUACAACUUUGUCUCUCACCGUCCACCUAAUGAUCAGCAAUCUUGUGUGAGUGAAAUAAAUGACCAACCCAAGUGAAUGAAAUCAUCUCUCAUUUGUCAUUCAAUUUUUCCAGAUCAUCCCACAAAGUAUGUUCAGCUUACUGGCCAAGAUCAUAAAACUGUUGACCAACUCCAUCAAGGAGGUGCCCACCAGACUGGAGAAGGACAAGAUGAAAGAGUAUGCCCAGUUGGAUGAAAGAUAUGAGGUCAGCAAACUAGGUCAUUUAGAUGAGGUCUUCAAAAUGGGUCAUUUAGAUGAGGUCAGCAAACUAGGUCAUUUAGAUAGAUGAGGUCGGUAAACUAGGUCAUUUAGAUGGAUGAGGUCAGAAUAAGGUUCUUUGUAAUGAUAGAAGAAAUUACAUAAACUGUCAUGGUUUGUUUAUUUACUUAGUUCCAUAGCAGAUUCUUCAAGUAUCAUUUUACUGCAACAGUUUUGUUAUUAUAUUCAUUUGACAACAUUAAUUUGAUCCUAUACAAAAGUCCCUUAUCUCGUUACAACUUAUGUUUUGUUUUGGUGAUCAGGUAGCUCGUCUGACUCAUGCCAUCUCUGUGUUUACUGAGGGAAUUCUCAUGAUGAAGACAACUCUGGUUGGUAUUAUAAAGGUAAGCACAAGAAGCGUUAGUGUUUUACUUAAGCUAAGAAUACAUUGGGUAGCCAGACGGAGGAAUCUCUUAGAGCUAGGUCAGCAGACAGGAGUCUGGGGUUUGAAUCCUUGUUAGCACCACCAUAAGUGUGACAACUAUGUUCAAUCCGUUAUCUGUGGGAUUGCACUGUGCAUGUAACACAACUACAUCUCAUACUGUAAUUUGUCAUGUUACCUCUCCAGAUAGACCCAAAACAGCUGCUAGAAGAUGGCAUCAGGAAAGAGCUGGUCAUGCAGGUGUCCCAGGCUUUACACACAGGUCUCAUGUUCAACUCCAAAGCCAAGGUAAAAUCUCAAUUAUGUGAUAUGCCGCAUUUUGUAACCAUUUUCUUACAGCACUAUUUUUGUGUCUGCUCUCCAUGACAUGGCUACUGUAUUCUCUGUGUUUUCUGUUGGAUCCUCUUCUUUUAUCUCAGCUUUGUUAGAGAAAUUUAAACCUUUGAAUCCAUGAUCCAGCUUUAUUUGUUUGUGUGCAAGAAAUCCAUACCCCGCCUGACCGAUAUUUCGGUCUCCCAUACCUUACUCUAGAUCGACAUACUGUACAUAAAAAUGUGUUGUAAAAUACUGAGUUCAGUGUUUAGAGAGGUCACAGAAACGGCCACGCCAUGUAUUCAUUAUUUUUGUUAUGCUUUUGUAAUGUUUUUUGAUGUAUAGAGUUGACGAAAAUGCAAAAAUCGCUGUCCUAAAGGACUAAAACCAGAGCAGGUUGAUGAUAGGAUUAUUAACAUGUUUUGAAAAAUGAUUAUGUUAAAAAUGCAAAUGGACAUUAAUAGUGACAAUCGAUGAUCUUCAACUAAUGCUAGUGAUGAAAUGUGUGCAAUACCUUUAUAUAUAUGUGUAAAAGUGACAGUCUCCUUUUAUUGGACAAUUUUCUCCCUGUGAUACGAUUUAUAAUAGUAAUGGUCUACUAAUGGACAAAUUUAGACUGCCAUAAAUCAAAAAAUAUAAAAUCUAAAUAUGAUUUUUUAAUCAUGGAAUUUCAUUGACGUGCGUGUCUUUUUAUGUAAAUUUCCUCCAGAAGCCAAAUCCUUUUGCUGUGAGAUUAAGUUGUCAUUUAUCAUAUUAUCAUAAUGUUACUAUCUCUUGAACAUCAUACUAAGAUUUACUGUAAUAAUGCACACCUGUUUACCCCCGGGUUGGUGUCAGCGUAGUUUUCAGCUCUCAAAAAUGUAGUUUCAAGCUCCAAAGAUAACUUUGUUCAAUUAGGUGGGGGGCUGUUUGGAAAUCAAAAUACAAGUUGUGUAAGGAAAUCCACCCGACUGCUUAUGUAAGUUAACACAAAUAAAUACACAGGAAAUAGUCCUGUGAUUUGUUUCUUAAGGAUGAGAAAAGGUCUUAGGCAAGCCAAUUGGCAAUUAAGUAUUAAGAACACAAUUCUGUAAAAGAUAAUAUUCUGGUUGGCUCAUUGAGAUCGAGACAGCAAAGGCCAAUCACUGUUGUUAUUAUUCUAUUGCUUACGGUGUUAACACAAAAAAAUGUGGUAACUUUUUAUUGAAAACACCCCAAUUAUUAAUUUUUUUAUUAAAAUUAAACAAAACAAAUGAAGACAAAAAUCCUGAAACUGUAGUUUUUUAAAUGCUUGUUUUAGUGCUGUAGUCUGAGGCUUAAGAACGUAGUUACUCUGGCGAAAGCAUAGAGGUAAACAGGUCUGAUAAUGUUACCACCUUUUGACCAUCAUACAAAGAUUUAUUGACAGUUAAUAUUUCAAUAAAGGUCAAUGAACUGCUGCCCAAACUUCACACACUUGGUGACCAGAUGGACGGCUUCCGUAGAUCAUUUGAGUACAUCCAGGAUUAUGUCAACAUUUACGGUUUAAAAAUCUGGCAAGAGGAGAUCUCUAGGAUCAUCAACUACAAUGUAGAGCAGGAAUGUAACAGUUUCCUUUGGACCAAGGUAAGAAUCAUUCUUUUGUUAGGCGUCAAUGGGUAUAUCUAUUCUGAGGUAUCAAUAAGUAGAUCUGGUCUUUAGUGUCAAUAAGUAGAUCUGUUCUUAGGUGCCAAUAAGUAGAUCUGGUCUUUAGUGUCAAUAAGUAAAUAUGUUCUUAGGUGUCAAUAAGUAGAUCUGUUCUUAGGUGCCAAUAAGUAGAUCUGGUCUUUAGUGUCAAUAAGUAAAUAUGUUCUUAGGUGUCAAUAAGUAGAUCUGUUCUUAGGUCCCAAUAAGUAGAUCUGUUCUUAGGUGCCAAUAAGUAGAUCUGUUCUUAGGUUCCAAUAAGUAGAUCUGUUCUUAGGUGCCAAUAAGUAGAUCUGUUCUUAGGUGCCAAUAAGUAGAUCUGUUCUUAGGUGCCAAUGAGUAGAUCUGUUCUUAGGUGCCAAUAAGUAGAUCUGUUCCUAGAACUGAAAUAUGUAAUUCUUCACUAACUUUAAAAAUAAAGUGAGAAGACAAAAUGUAAACUUAAACUAUAACUUAGCUACAGAUACCUUCAACUAUAACUUAGCUACAGAUACCUUCAACUAUAACUUAGCUACAGAUACCUUCAACUAUAACUUAGCUACAGAUACCUUCAACUAUAACUUAGCUACAGAUACCUUCAACUAUAACUUAGCUACAGAUACCUUCAACUAUAACUUAGCUACAGAUACCUUCAACUAUAACUUAGCUACAGAUACCUUCAACUAUAACUUAGCUACAGAUACCUUCAACUAUAACUUAGCUACAGAUACCUUCAACUAUAACUUAGCUACAGAUACCUUCAACUAUAACUUAGCUACAGAUACCUUCAACUAUAACUUAGCUACAGAUACCUUCAACUAUAACUUAGCUACAGAUACCUUCAACUAUAACUUAGCUACAGAUACCUUCAACUAUAACUUAGCUACAGAUACCUUCAACUAUAACUUAGCUACAGAUACCUUCAACUAUAACUUAGCUACAGAUACCUUCAACUAUAACUUAGCUACAGAUACCUUCAACUAUAACUUAGCUACAGAUACCUUCAACUAUAACUUAGCUACAGAUACCUUCAACUAUAACUUAGCUACAGAUACCUUCAACUAUAACUUAGCUACAGAUACCUUCAACUAUAACUUAGCUACAGAUACCUUCAACUAUAACUUAGCUACAGAUACCUUCAACUAUAACUUAGCUACAGAUACCUUCAACUAUAACUUAGCUACAGAUACCUUCAACUAUAACUUAGCUACAGAUACCUUCAACUAUAACUUAGCUACAGAUACCUUCAACUAUAACUUAGCUACAGAUACCUUCAACUAUAACUUAGCUACAGAUACCUUCAACUAUAACUUAGCUACAGAUACCUUCAACUAUAACUUAGCUACAGAUACCUUCAACUAUAACUUAGCUACAGAUACCUUCAACUAUAACUUAGCUACAGAUACCUUCAACUAUAACUUAGCUACAGAUACCUUCAACUAUAACUUAGCUACAGAUACCUUCAACUAUAACUUAGCUACAGAUACCUUCAACUAUAACUUAGCUACAGAUACCUUCAACUAUAACUUAGCUACAGAUACCUUCAACUAUAACUUAGCUACAGAUACCUUCAACUAUAACUUAGCUACAGAUACCUUCAACUAUAACUUAGCUACAGAUACCUUCAACUAUAACUUAGCUACAGAUACCUUCAACUAUAACUUAGCUACAGAUACCUUCAACUAUAACUUAGCUACAGAUACCUUCAACUAUAACUUAGCUACAGAUACCUUCAACUAUAACUUAGCUACAGAUACCUUCAACUAUAACUUAGCUACAGAUACCUUCAACUAUANCAGACUGCGACGAAGUCACGACAAACAGUUCCGGCUGGUAAAAACAAGAACGAAGUACAGAAGCUCCUCAUUCCUGCCGAAGACAAUAGGGGACUGGAACAAGCUUCCAAAAGCAACAGUUGAGGCGGCUACACUCGAUACAUUUGUGUCUAUUGCCUCCUGUAUUCCAACCCCCAGUUCAUAACACCACUGCUGAGUCGCCCUUGCAACCAGUGAAGUAUCCCAUUGAAACCCAUGAACAGUAACAUCGCAAACCUCUCUGAAACAUAGGAGCCAGAAUGAUCAAUUCAUUGAUCGUGGGCCCUUAAAAUAAAGAAGAAGAAGAAGAAGGCAGGUGAUUUUACUUAAUGAGAAGUUAUGUUAUUUUCCAGGUCCAAGACUGGGAGAGCAUCUACCAGUCCACAGCCAUCCCCAUCCCACGGUUUGCUCCUGUCGAUGAAAGUGUCAAUUUCAUAGGACGUCUGGCCAAAGAAAUUAUCAGAAUCACUGACCCCAAGUAAGAACUUGUAUAAAUCUUGGAAUAGAUCAAUUAUUUAGCUACAUAAUUCCAUGGCAACACUUAAUAAUAAAAAAUAACUGCUCUUUCCUAUAUUAUUUUUAAAAUCAUUUUAUGGGAAUGUUUUUAACUUUAUUGUAAACAAUUAAUUAAUUGCAAACUCCAAACACUUAAGUUUUAGAACUACUUUCUACUCUUCUUCUAUAUCUUAAGGGCCCACGAUCAAUUUAUUGAUCAUUUUGACUCCUAUGCAUGUAGAGGGGAUUUGCAAUGUUUCUGUACCUGGUGCUGAUGAGGAUAUUUCAAUGAUUACAAGUGCUACUUUGUGAAGGAAUCAUGCAAUGGGGGUUGGAAGGCUUGAGGCAAUAGACGCAAAUGUGUCUAGUGUUGUCGCCUCCACUGUUUCUUUUGAAAGAUUUUUCCAGUCCCCGAUUGUCUUGGGCAGGAAUGAGCAGUUCCUAUACUGGCUUCUUGCUGGUAUGAGCCAGAAUUGCCUGUCAUGGCCUCGUCGCUGUCUAUGGGGGAGAGGGACGAGUUUCUGUUUAAUACUGGAGCAGUGGACCAGCCCAUUAUUUAUUUUGUACAUCAUGGAGAGCCUGGAUUGUCGUCGUCGUUCCUCCAAUGGUGACCAGCCUAGUGUUUCCAGCAUACUGCCAACACAAGAGGUAUUCCUGUAUCGGUUCAGGACAAAGCGAGCCGCCCGUCGCUGAACCGCCUCCAACCUGUCAAUGCUCUUCCGGGUAAAUGGGUCCCAGACUGAAGAUGCAUAAUCUAAAAUCGGACGGACAAAGGCUUUAUAUGAGGAGCCCAGUUGCAAAUGGUACUAAGUCUGUUUUUUGAAAAAAACUAGUUAGUGCCCUUUUCUUAAUCUAUUGUUAAAAAAACACAUUUUGAAAAAAAUUAGUUAGUGCCCUUUUCUUAAUCUAUUUAAAAAAAACACAUUUUGAAAAAAAUUAGUUAGUGCCCUUUUCUUAAUCUAUUUAAAAAAAACACAUUUUGAAAAAAAUUAGUUAGUGCCCUUUUCUUAAUCUAUUGUUAAAAAAACACAUUUUGAAUCUCUCAUCUUAACGUUCAGAAGGUUCUAAAUGCAUUUAUUUUAAAUAGAAAAUGUAGAUCAACCUUCAAAAUGCUAGUUAAGUUGUAACACAAAAUCCAUUUUCCUGAAAAAUAAGUUUGGUUGGACUUAGUACCUUUUGCAAGCGGGCUCCUCAUAUGCUCUUUCUUUUACACAGGAGUUGCCAAUCUUCAGGUUACGCUUUAAGAACCCCAGGGUCUUGUUUGCUUUGUUACAUACAUUGUUAAUAUGCUCGUCCCAGCGGACCUCUCUUUGAAUGGUAACACCCAGGUACUUUACUGAGGAAACUGUCUCAAGUAUAUGGCCAUGCAGUUUGUAUUGGUAGUGUAGAGGAGUACAACUUCUAGAGACUGAUAGGGGUGAAAUUCCAUGUCCCAGCUCAUCUACCACUCAGCUAACGGAUUGAGAUCCUGUUGUAGCUGGUCCUGGUCAGAUCUGUUGGCGAUCAUCCUAUACACUGCUGUGUCAUCUGCCAACAGUCUUGCUUGGGAUGUCAGUUUCUCGGGUAGGUCAUUUAUGUAUGCUAGGAACAAACAGGUGCCUAACACUGAUCCCUGGGGGACCCCUGACUUCACAUUCACAAAGGAGGAGCUUGUACCGUCCAUCACUACUGCUUGGCAUCGGUGGCUGAGGAAGCUAGAGAUCCAUGUUUUAGUGGUGCCUUGGAUCCCAUACAUCUGGAGUAGAGACAGACCGAAAGUGAUUUUCUGAUUUCGGCCGAAGCUGAAAAUAGGCAGAAAGUUUAAAAUGACUUUCGGCCUAAACCGAAAAAAGACCGAAAGUUUAAAAUGAAUUUUGGCCGAAACCGAAGCCGAAACCGAAAAUGAAAUAUUAAGAUAUUUUGAAAUUCGUUCCCGCAUACAUUCUGCUUACAUCGAAAAUUAUGUGGGAAAGUAUAAAUAUUUACAUUCUUUUUAUAAAAAUGAGAUAAUCGUAAAUAUUAAUAAAUAAACAUCUAAUUUAGGGGUCUCAAGACGAUAUUUGGCGGCCCGCUACAUGACAGAAAAGUUUAGUGUAAAUCGGCCGGCCCGUUUCCCCCAUUCUCAUAUAUAUAACGUGACUCUCCACGACGGUUUCAGUCGAUCUCACAGACUAAUCUAAUUCUGAUUUUUUUUUUUAAUGACUAUAUAUUUUUGUAUGCCAAUUCUCUGGCAACAGUGAGUAGUUCUUGAGAUCCCUUAAUUAUUUCAUUGUUAUUUAUAAAGGUUGACCAGAUUGUAACAGUUGUAAUCGCUUUUUUGUGGAUUAUUUGAUGCGGCCCACUCUUAUUCAGACACUACCUCCUGCGCCCCCUUCCCCCAUAAUUUGAGUUUGAUACCCUUGAUCUAAUGAAUACUUUGGAUUUUACCAUUUUAAUAUAAAAGUAAUUUAAAUUGCUUUACAAUUUUUUCAAAUUUGUAUGGUAGGAGAAAAUUUGGCAAUUCCCCCAUAAUUUGAGUUUGAUACCCUUGAUCUAAUGAAUACUUUGGAUUUUACCAUUUUAAUAUAAAAGUAAUUUAAAUUGCUUUACAAUUUUUUCAAAUUUGUAUGGUAGGAGAAAAUUUGGCAAAAAUUGGGGAGAGGGGGGGAGGAGGGGAAAUUAAUGCAAAAUAUUAUUUUUUUAAACCGGGUCUCUAAAAAAUAUGGUUCUAAAAGAUCACUUAAUUUGUUUUUAAAGAUCGUUUAGUUGGUUGUUAUUGAUCGGUUAGUUUGUUCUUAAAGAUCGGUGAGUUUGUUCAUAAAGAUCGCUUAGAUUGUUCUAAAAUAUCGCUUAGUUUGUUGUUAAAGACCCUUUAGUUUGUUCUUAAAGAUCGCUUAGUUUGUUGUUAAAGAUCGUUUAGUUUUGUUGUUAAAGAUUGCUUAGUUUGUUGUUAAAGAUCGUUUAGUUUGCUGUUAAAGAUCGUUUAGUUUGUUGUUAAAGAUUUUUUAGUUUGUUGUAAAAGAUCGCUUAGUUUGUUGUUAAAGAUCGUCCAGUUUUUGUUAAUGAUCUCUUUAUUUUUUUCUUAAAGAUCGGUUAGUUUGUUCAUAAAGAUCGCCUGGUUUGUUGUUAAAGAUCGUUUAGUUUGUUCUUAAAGAUCACAUUAGUUUGUUGUUAAAGAUCAUCUAGUUUUUUUUAUGAUUGCUUUAUUUGUUCUUAAAGAUCGCAUUAGUUUGUUGUUAAAGAUCGUCUAGUUUUUGUUAAUGAUAGCUUUAUUUGUUCUUAAAGAUCGUUUAAGUUGUUCAUAAAGAUCGCUUAGUUUGUUGUAAAUUCGCUUAGUUUUUUCAUAAAGAUCGCUUAGUUUGUUCUUAAAGAUAAUUGAUUUUGUUCAUUAAGAUCAAUUAGUUUGUUCUUAAAGAUCUUUCAGUUUGUUCCUAACGAACAUUUAGUCUUCUGUUAAAGAUCACUUAGUUUAUUCUUAUAAAUCAUUAAAGAUCAUUUGUUUUGUUCUUAAAGAUCAUUUAGUUCGGUCUUAAAAAUCGUUUAGUUUGUUAUUAAAGAUCGCUUAGAUUGUUCUUAAAGAUCGCUUAGUUUUUUUUAAAGAUCGAUAAGUUUGUUUUUAAAUGUCGCUUAGUUUGUUGUUAAAUAUCAUUUAGUUUGUUCUCAAAGAUCGCUUAAUUUGUUCUUAAAUGUCGCUUAGUUUGUUGUUAAAUAUCGCUUUUGCUUAGUAUUAAAUGACCGAAAACCUGAGUCACUUUCGGCCGGAUGGCCGAAAGUCUAAGUCAAUUUCGGCCGAAACCGAAGAAAAACCGAAAGUUAACUUUUCUCUUUCGGCCGAAACCGAAAUGAAGCCGAAAGUUAACUUUCCAGUUUUGGCAGAAACCGAAAAUUGGCCGAAAGGGAUAAAAUGGCCACUUUCCGCGCCGAAACCGAAGCCAAAGCCGAAAUUCGGUCGGCCUCUAAUCUGGAGUUUGUGUAGAAGCAAACUCUGAUUCACACGGUCAAAUGCCUUUGCGAAGUCCAUCACCAGCACGUAAGUUUGCUUGUGGUUCUCCAGAUUGGUCAUCAAGUCUUCUACAAAAUCAAGGAUCUGGGUCUCACAUGAUCUAUUUGAUUCGGAUGCCAUGUUGACAGUCAUUGAGUAUAUUUUGGCUUUCAAGAUGCUUCAUGACUGUGCUUAAAAUUAUGUGCUCCAACAGUUUGCAGACCACGCUGGUGAGAGAUAUCGGAGGAUAGUUGGCAGGGUCAGAAUGCUCCCUUUUCUUGUUGAUUGGAGUUACAUGCGGUGUUCUCCAGUCUGCUGGAACAUUUCCUGUGCACAGUGACGAUUGGAAGAGGAUUGUCAGCGCAGGAGCGAUUUCUUUGGCUAAUUCUUUGAGCACUCGUGGUUUGAUGUUGUCAGGACCACAUGCUUUGUAGGGGUUAAUGGUUUUGAUAUCUGCUCUGAUAUCUGUAUAUCUUCCAUGACAGGGUAGGCUCUGUUCAUCAUUUUGGUCUUCAGAUGGAAUUCAGGCUCCGAGUACUCUUUACCGUCGCCAAAGACUGACUGGAACUGCUGAUUGAGUACGUCAGCUUGUGUUUUUUGGGUCAGAAGUCAAAUGGCCAUCACAUCUCUGGGGGGAAACUCCAGCGUUUGAGGACUUUUGGUGCUUCAUGUAGCUCCAGAAGCGCUUGUUCUUGAUACCUUUGGUCAGCGUGUCUUCCUCUGAGAAGGUGCCUUCAGGUGGUUCCAAUAAGAUCUGAGCAAUAACCAUUCGGUGGAGCCUCAGUACCUCCUCUCUCAGUUCAACUGAGCCAUUUUUCUUCAUUCGUUUGUAUUGGCGGUCUCUCCUGUGGAUGAGCCUACGGAUUUCAGUGGUGACCCAUGGCUGAUUUAUCUUAAGUUUGGUGGUCUUGUGUGGUAUGAAUUUAUUCACUGCAUCAGUGAUUAUUGUCAUAAGCUUUACCCACAGCUCAUCUGUUGUCGCUGCUCCCUGUAGCUCCUGCAUGUUUGAGCUCAGCUCCGUCGUUGCACUCCUCAGACCAUCCCAGUCUACUUCUUGUUUCUUCAUUUAUCCUGUCUGCUGAGGGAGGCUCUUGGCCGAAACGAUCUUUUUUAUUGUCCUGUUUGUAUAUUUCAAGCUUCCACAUAGCUUGUUUUACUAUUUCCUCGCUCAGCUUGAACGUAGUCCUUAAUUAUAACCAAUGGAUUAAAACAGUGUUAUGUUUUAAAAAUAUGUAUGAUGAUCCUGUAACUUGAAUGUGUUCAUUGUUGUAUUACAAAUUUCUCCUCAAUAGAUCAACAUCUUAUGUGGACCAGAUGAAGGCGUGGUAUGAUAUGAAAACAAAACAAGAAAUCACCAACAGGACUUUGUUUGAGAAAAUUCAUGCAAGUUAACCAUUUUUGAUAGGAAAAAUUUAAUUCCUAGACCUUGAUUGCUGCCUUUACUUGACUAUCUCAAUGUACCAUUAUUGUGCUAGUUUAUGGCUGUGUUUAGUGGUAAUUUUUAGGAAUGACGUGUAGUUAUCUGUAAUCAAUUCUUAUAAUUCUCCUCUCACACAAUAAUGAAAUCUUAAUAAACUCUAUAUAUAAAUAAGUAUACACCAUUUCAUAACCAGAGUGAUGGAUAAUUGCAAUUUUUUUUCCAUUGAACCUACACUAUUCCUUAACUACCAAGUUACACAGACAGUGAAACGCCAAUAUUGUAAUUAUUAUUCCAGUUACAAAGACACAAAUGUUGUGUUUUAUUUGAGAUAAACUUAACAAAAGUAACAGCUUUCUUGAAGGAUAUAUUUAAUUGCAUUGUCAGCUUGUUAAGGGAUGUUUUUAAUUGCCAUUUCAGCAUUACAAAAAAGAAAUUACAAGUCUACAUUCAUUAUAGUAAAAAUGCUUCUUGUCCAAUAAAUUUCAAUGUUAUCCGAUAAAUUGAAACAUUUUCACAACACAUUAUUGAUGCAGGGGAUGUGAAACAAUAAUAUAAAAUGAUUCAUUUAAAAGUAAUGUUAUAGGACUUUUGAAAACUUCUCUGAAAUAAGUCGGACUACAAGAACCUGUGUUUUACUUGAAUGGAAAGUUAUAACUUGUUAAUCUUGUCAUCCAGAGGGCAGUGGGCAGCUUUGGUUUAUCUGGACUGGACAGACUUCUGUGUUUUAUGAUUGUCAAAGAGCUGCAGAACUUUCAAACCUCUCUCAAACGUUCUGUGCUGAAAGACAAAUCUUGGAUGGAUUACUUUGCUCAACUGACUCGCUCCGUGAACCCACUCCAGGGACUUAUUGGUAAUACACUAACUCAAUACUUUAUGCAACUCAUUGGUGUGAACGGACUCUAGGGAUUUAUUGGUAAUAUUCAUUUAUCUUACUGGCUCUGUGAACCCACUUCAUGUUGGUUAUGCAAUGCAUAAAUAAUCUAUACAGUUUGAAAAGCUUAAGAUAUUGUCAAAAAGGAACUUAAACAUAGAAAGAAAAAAAAGAUAAGAAAUUGUAGAAAGGUAUCUAGCUGUCGGAAAUCCUGUCUGAGAAAGAAAUAAGUUAUCAAAGUUAUCAAACACUUAUUCUUUUAUAUUCUUAAAAUAUUGUGGAAUAUCUUAACAUUUCAGGCCAACCCCAGAAGUUCUACCCCCAAGCCAUCUCCAAGACAAGCAAGUUGUUGGGAUCUUAUAUGGACAUCAUUCUCAGGGUGAAAAUCUCUAUUAUACAGUUUGCUUGUUGUGUGGCUGCUUCCUUUUCAAAACCCGCCCUUCCCCAACUCAACAUGUUUUAUAUUAGUAGUAAUGAGUGGAAAAAAAAAAAAGAGCUGUCAAGCUGUGAAUGUCAUGCGUGAAGAUUGAGCUCAGGUAAGAAGGUUGAAUUUUUUUCGGGGUUGACUAUUACAUCAAUCAGUAAAGAGCGAUGAGUGUGGUUGAGGACUGUCUGUAGGACUCUUGUUUCAAUGAAAGCAUUUAUGGUGUGGGACUCUCUGUAGGACUAUUGUUUAAAGAACAGCAUAUAUUAUAGAAAAGGAGAAGUUAACUCUUUCUGUAACACUUGGACCUACCAGGUAUUUUCUCAAGAUGCCUGGACAGUGUGAAGAAAAAAAAUGCACCCAGUUAAGUCCUAUUAUAUUAAUGAAUGCCAGUCAUUACACAGCAAUGCCAUCAUUGUGGAGGAACAACAUUUUAACUCAAAUGUAAUCUUCACAAGUUAUGACAUAGAUUUUUGUACUGUACACUUUAAAAUUUUGAAAAAAUCAUUUAUCACUGUAUACAAUCAUUUGUGCCAGGUUGGACAGAUGCAGCUACUAAGGAGACAAAUCGCCUAUGAACUAAACACAUCUUGCAAAUUUGACUCCAAGUUUCUUGCCAGUUCUCUGCAGACAUUAAACAAGUGAGAUUUAAAGUAUUUUUCUUUAUAUUUGUCGAUGUUAAUUAUUGCUGUUAGGGGUGCGGAAUGGGUCACCAGCACCUGGGUGAGGCAAAUAUUGAACACUCGGAUAGUUUGUUGGUCCAUUAAAAAUCGAUCAUGACCAUUUUAAACAUCUGAUUGAUGCUGGAGAUGAAGCUGUCUGUAGCUGCGCAUUCUAGCAGGCCGAUUCUAAUAAUAAUAAUAAAGUUUAUUUGAAAAACACGCUUCAUCCCCAAAAGCUCGAAUCCAAGUACAAAGUCAACCAUAUUAUAAAGAGAAAUAAAAACAAUCUGAAAUUUACCACAUUUAAAAAACAGACGCAACAACAUAAAACUACAUAUGAGCAUACCAAUUCAAAGUCUUUCAUCCCGUUUCAACCAUAAGCAACACAGGCCAAUAUACAUUAACUGAAAAAGAUGGUAGAUAGCAUCACCCCAGAAUAGAUGUGUUUUUAAAUCGGUUUUAAAGGACUCCAGUGUCUGGCUGUUUCUGAGAGCGACUGGAAGUGCGUUCAAAAUUGUUGGACCGGCAAAUGCAAAAGUGCGCUUUCCGUAAGUCUCAAGGCGAACACACGAUAUCGAUAUUGUGCCACUAUCGGAUGAGCAGAGCUCUCUAGUGGGUACAUAAGGCGUCAUGAGUGCUUUGAGAUAAGAUGGCGCCAGGUCAUGUAAGCAGCGGUAGCACAAAGUUGCAAUUUUGUACUCUAUGCGAGCGCGGACCGGCAGCCAGUGCAGCUCUCUCAGAAGUGUUUUAGCACAAAAUGUUCUGGUGCAGAGGGGGGCAUGGGACAACGCCAGGUACAAAGUUAACCCAGGCUUUUUUUGGCUUGUCUUUUGUGCUCUGCAGCAUUCUGUUUGCCUCGUGUAGCAUGGAGAAACUGUGUAGGGAGGAGUGCCACGAGUCUCAUCCCUGCGCACACUGUUCCCCUCUGACCCCUGCAAUGUCAGCAGUCCUUGAAUCCCUUCCAGCUGUCCAGUUUUGAUUUUCCUGUGAUGCCCAUUCAAACUUGCUAUUUAUGAACCCAUGUCAUGGGAUAAAUAUGCAUACAUUUGAAUCCACUUCUUUGUAAUUAUAGGGCAAAAAGAAGGUUUUUUAAAUUUGUUUCUUUUGAAAUUUUGCGCCCCAAGAAUGUUUUGCCCAGGUAACUCCUCCUCCUCCUCUCUCUCUCCUCCUCCUCCCCCCUCCCCAAUGAUUUAAGGUGGACUUCUGGAAACUAUAGAGAGUGAAACUGCCUAACUUUUGCUUUACAAAAUAAGAUUCUUUAUUGAUCCAAAGAUAUGGAAAUGUUAAUUUUUUUUUUUAUUGCAUUAUUCAUAUUCAUUUUCAGCACAUAAACAAAUAGACAUUUGCAAACUCCUUUAAUGACAGUAAAGACUUAAUUGGUGACAAAUACCACGUUAUCUGAUGACAAAUACCAAGUUAUCUUGUGACAAAUACCAAGUUAUCUUGUGACAAAUACCAAGUUAUCUAGUGACAAAUACCAAGUUAUCUAAUGACAAAUACCAAGCUAUCUAGCAACAAAUAACAAGUUAUCUUGUGACCAAUACCAAGUUAUCUAAUGACAAAUUCCAAGUUAUCUAAUGACAAAUACCAAGUUAUCUAUUGACAAAUACCAAGUUAUCUAAUGACAAAUACCAAGUUAUCUAAUGACAAAUACCAAGUUAUCUAAUGACAAAUACCAAGUUAUCUAAUGACAAAUACCAAGUUAUCUUGUGACCAAUACCGAGCUUUCUAAUGACAAAUACCAAGCUAUCUAAUGACAAAUUCCAAGCUAUCUAAUGACAAAUACCAAGUUAUCUAAUGACAAAUACCAAGUUAUCUAAUGAAAAAUAACAAGUUAUCUAAUGACAAAUACCAAGUUAUCUAAUGACAAAUACCAAGUUAUCUAAUGACAAAUACCAAGUUAUCUAAUGACAAAUACCAAGUUAUCUAAUGACAAAUACCAAGUUAUCUUGCGACCAAUACUGAGCUUUCUAAUGACAAAUACCAAGCUAUCUAAUGACAAAUACCAAGCUAUCUAAUGACAAAUACCAAGUUAUCUAAUGACAAAUACCAAGUUAUCUAAUGACAAAUACCAAGCUAUCUAAUGACAAAUACCAAGUUAUCUAAUGACAAAUACCAAGUUAUCUAAUGACAAAUACCAAGUUAUCUAAUGACAAAUAACAAGUUAUCUAAUGACAAAUACCAAGUUAUCUAAUGACAAAUAACAAGUUAUCUUGUGACCAAUACCGAGCUUUCUAAUGACAAAUACUGAGCUAUCUAAUGACAAAUACCAAGUUAUCUAAUGACAAAUACCAAGUUAUCUAUUGACAAAUACCAAGUUAUCUAAUGACAAAUACCAAGUUAUCUAAUGACAAAUACCAAGUUAUCUAAUGACAAAUACCAAGUUAUCUCAUGACAUAUACCAAGUUAGCUAAUGUUUUAGCUUGCAGGAUUAUUCAGCAGUAUAAAAAAUUAGAGAAUCCUAAAGAUAAAAGUCUAAUUAUGGUACCCUGUUUCAGUGCUCUACUAGCAGACAUAGAGCAGCAUUACAAAGAUCCAGCCAAACCUUACCCCAAUGAGAACAACCCACUGAUGUAUGAACUGACCAGUUACGUGGAGGCUGCUGGCUUUCACAAUCCUUUGAGGAAGGUCAGUAGUCUGUUAAGUGUUGGCAUUGAUGUUAUAACUUAGAUGAAAUAGUCACUGAACAAAAUCUACUGUCAAUGGAGUCAAAUUAACUGACUUGCCAAGAGAUUGAAAACUGUCAGUGACAGAUCAACAGUAAAUAAUAAAAUAUGUCAGACGAUUCAUGAGCUUGUAACAAAACUUUUUAAUAAAUUGUGUUUUUGUUUUAUCAUAAGAAAUUGAGUUGGAUAUUAACCUUGAAGAAACACCUUUAUGCUUUCAGAUCUACAUCACAACUGAGAGGCUGCCUUAUUUUCCCCUGUUCACCUUCCUUAUGACAGUCUCCCACUUGAACAAGCUGAUCUACACCAAAUCUCUAGGUAACAUUAGCAUAUCCAAUCAUCAAGUAGACUUAUUGCAAUUUCAUGCAAUUCAUUUUUAUUAGGUAUCAACUUUUUUGUUUUUUUAGUUAGUUCUUUUUUUUUUACAUGACAUUCCCAAUAGGGUUAUAAUACAAGAAAUUUGUAGCAAUUUGGGUUAGGGUUUUGUCAUCAUCAUCAUCAUGUCCCUUAGUCCUUGGACCGUUGGGGCGCCACAAAAUGACAUGUGAACCAUCCUCCUCCAUUCGUCUCUGUCUUCUGCACUACGCACAGCAUCGCCCAGUGUUAGUCCUGUCAAUUCUUUGAUGUUAUCCUCCCAUCUUUUUCUUUGUCUUCCUCUUCUUCUCCCUCCUCUUGUGGUGCCCUGCAAUAUUUCUUUGGCAUGCGUUUGUUUCCUUGUUACGUGGCCGUACCAUUGUAGUUUGCGUUUUUUCACAGUCACCAGUAGGUUCAUCGUACUCCCCAAUUGCCUGUCGAACCUUUUCUUUCACCUUAUCAUUGGAGAUAUUGUCUCUAUAGCAGAUGCCAAAAAUGCUUCUGAAGCAUCUCAUCCCCACAGCCUUUAUUUUCCUUUCAAGAUCGGCUGUUAAUGUCCAGGAUUCGCAGGCAUACAGGCAAAUGGAGCGGACCAAUGAGCGCAUCAGCCUGAUUUUGGUGCUGAGGGCUAUAUUUUUGUCAUUCCAUAUUUUCUUGAGCCUCUUUAGUGCUGUUGUAGUCUGCGCAAUCCUAGACAUCAGUUCGGGCUUUUAGCCUUCUUCUGAGACUAUUGCUCCUAAUUUUAGAAAUCCUAUUUAAAAUGGUUUUAGUUUUUUUACAAAGCAUUUAACUGUCUGCACAACAAGGUCAUAUUUGGACAUACAUAAGCUCAUAAGCAGAAGUCUAUUUUUAGAGGUCAUAAAUCCACUGUCUCGCCUGUAGGAUUUUCAUACAACAGUUCGGUUCCAGCACUUGGCCCAUCACACCAAACCCCAGGGCUGCUUGUGGUAGUUACAAGUGUGGUAGUUACAAGUGUGGUAGUUACAAGUGUGGUAGUUACAAGUGUGGUAGUUACAAGUGUGGUAGUUACAAGUGUGGUAGUUACAAGUGUGGCAGUUACAAGUAUGUUAGUUACAAGUGUGUUAGUUACAAGUGUGGUAGUUGCAAGUGUGGUAGUUGCAAGUGUGGUAGUUGCAAGUGUGGUAGUUACAAGUGUGGUAGUUACAAGUGUGGUAGUUACAAGUGUGGUAGUUGCAAGUGUGGUAGUUGCAAGUGUGGUAGUUACAAGUGUGGUAGUUACAAGUGUGGUAGUUACAAGUGUGGUAGUUACAAGUGUGGUAGUUACAAGUUGCAGGCAAACAAUACAAACUUUUAAACUGACCGCAGACUGCACACGUGCCCAAAAAAAAACAAUUUCAGAUUUCAUAUAAUUAGGCGAUCAUCUAGUUUCGGAAGUGACCGUUCUAAAAUCCAAGGGUAUAGUUUCUCACAAGAUGCCAGUAACUGUGGUAUACUUCACUGUUAGCUUAUCAUUGUGUUUACUGAAAAAAUGAAAAAAAAUCUGAAUUUUUAAAAUCAUGAUAAAAUAAAUUUGGCAGCCAAUUUUUGAAAAUCAUUAGUCUAAAUAGUUUUCUGUUUCAACACUGGUUUUCAGUUAGCGUCCUUAAUUCCGAUGCAGGUGAACAUGAGCAAUCUACUUUGAUGUCUCAAAGGCAAUCUUGUUUCACACUGAGACGUUAAUUCUGACUGUCUCUAUUGUCUGUUCUCUUUGUGUUUAAGAUUCCCUGAGCUGUAAGAAACCAACUGAUCCGCUAGAUGCACCACCCUUUGUUGUUGGUGUGUACACACUGCUCAAACAGAGCCACAGUGACAACACCAAACUGUACCUGGCAUUCCUUGGUCAAUAUGCACGGUCCAUUGUGGAAUCUAUCAACAGGUGAGUCGUGCUCUGUAUUUUUGAUGUGUUUCACCAUUACAAGAUAAAGUUUGAGUUCUGGGUUAUUUGCUAAAUUCACAUUAAUAAAACUGUAGAUGCUCCUUGGCUACAUGUAAAAGAAUUUCCAGAUUUUUAAUUUUUUUUUUAAACUUUGGAAAUGGACAUUCCAAUGACAAAAACCCAGAUAGAGACUCACAAUGAAAUUUAUGAAGGAAACAAGCUUUCAUUUUUGAAGUCUGCUUUCUGCCUGCCAAGUGAACAAUUUGUUUGUAUACUGAAACUCUUGCUGGUACUGUAGAGUGAAAUCAAGAAAACCCUUGCUGGUACUUUAGAAUGAAAUCAUCCAAAUCUUUGCUGGUACUGUAUAGUGAAAUCAUCCACAAAAAAACCUCGCUGGUACUGUAUAGUGAAAUCACCCAAACCCUUGCUGAUACGGUAUAGUGAAAUCAUCUAAACCCUUGCUGAUACUGUAUAGUGAAAUCAUCCGAAAAAAAACCUUGCUGAUACUGUAUAGUGAAAUCAUCCAAAAAACCCUUGCUGAUACUGUAUAGUGAAAUCAUCCGAAAAAAAACCUUGCUGAUACUGUAUAGUGAAAUCAUCCAAAAAACCCUUGCUGAUACUGUAUAGUGAAAUCAUCCAAAAAACCCUUGCUGAUACUGUAUAGUGAAAUCAUCCAAAAAACCCUUGCUGGUACUGUAUAGUGAAAUCAUCCAAAAACCCUUGCUGGUACUGUAUAGUGAAAUCAUCCAAAAAACCCUUGCUGGUACUGUAUAGUGAAAUCAUCCAAACCCUUGCUGGUACUGUAUAGUGAAAUCAUCCAAAAAACCCUUGCUGGUACUGUAUAGUGAAAUCAUCCAAACCCUUGCUGGUACUGUAGAGUGAAAUCAUCCAAACCCUUGCUGGUACUUUAGAGUGAAAUCAUCCAACUUGAAAUUUUAACUAAAAAUUUUAUAAAAUGUGUGGCCAUGAGUUGAAUUAAGAUUAUGUGGAUAACCUAAAUUAAGAUUAUAAAGAUGUUCUUAAUUAAGAUUAUCUAGAUAACCUAAAUUAAUAUUAUGUUUAUAUCCUAAAAAGGGUAAAGGUUAUAGAAAAAAAUGAAUGAGUUUGAUCUUUGGCUAGGUUGAAAAAGUACACUACCAUGAUUUGAGGACCUCUUCUAUGUUUGACCCCCUGAAAUUUUUUUGAUUACCUGAUAGUUACGACAAUAUUUCUUGGAAAUAUAUUUGAUCCAAGGUCAGCAUAGAACAAUGUCCGGUGAAUGAGACCUGCAACUCUGGAAGUGAUUCCCCCCCCCCCCAACCCCACUAUACCCCCAUGUGAUUUGCAUACUUACUAAUAUCAUCCUCAGUGUUAAGGAUCCAACCAUGAGCCAAGAUGUGCUUAAUGUCCUGGUGUUUUUAGAAGAUUUUAUUUUCUACAGCGGUCUUUCAAGAAAGGUUAGUGUUGAGUACCGGUACCAAAGAAGUUUCUCUAUUAUAAACAUCUUAGCUCUAAUCUGCAAGUAUAACACUAUUUUUAAAAAAAUAAAGAACACAAACUUAUUCAUGUAAAAAAACAGAACCUGAAGAUAACCAAAAGCAGUUUUCAUUUUUUUUGUGUGUCCUCAACAUUUUGAGGAUGGCUACUAAAUACAAAAACCAACUUAGCUGAAUGCUUAUAACUAAAAUGUUUAUUACAUAGACAAUGCAAGACUUUAGUUACUGAGGUUAGUUUUUAAAAAAUCAAUUUUAUCCACCAAUCAGCAUAAUCAUAUCUAGUUGCUGUAGUGUAGAAAUCAACAUAAUCAUAUCUAGUUUCUGUAGUGUAGAAAUCAACAUAAUCAUAUCUAGUUUCUGUAGUGUAGAAAUCAACAUAAUCAUAUCUAGUUUCUGUAGUGUAGAAAUCAACAUAAUCAUAUCUAGUUGCUGAAGUAUAGAGCAGUUUUCAACCUAAUCAUAUCUAGUUCCUGAAGUGUAGACAUCAACUUAAUCAUCAUUAGUUUCUGAAAUGUAGAGGAUGAUAGAUCAAUUGAUAGCCAUUUUAAAAUGACAAAACUUAUCAUGAAUAGAUUUAUUUAAGCUCUGCAUUGGUUUUAUUAAAUGAAAUUGUUUAUUUCUUCCAGUCGGUGGAGUCUUUUGUGCCCAGCUACAUCUUUGAUGAGUUCCGCGGCCAGUUUGCUCAGUGAUGGACAAAGACGUUUGACUUUCAAACUGCGUACCUGAUAAUUAUGUUCUUAGGGAUUUUUUAAAUAAAAAUUUUAUUUUAGAGAAUAAAAAAAACAAAAAGCAACAGUGAAUCAAAUGAAAUAAUUUAUUAACUGAAAGAAAAGGAUUUUGUUUUUCACUACAUUCCUACAUGCUGUUAUCCCAAUACAAUUCAACUCAACUCUCUUUACUUAAUCAAUGAGUUUAUUAAUAACAUUUUGGUUUUUAAGUUGACUAAAAUCAUACCAUAAAGUUUUGUAACAUAGUCUUGCCUUAAGUGUCUAUGAAAAGUUUUUUAAAUAUUAUAAAUAGAGAUACAGUAGGUUUUAAAAAAAUACUGUCUGUCUUAACAAUUGAAUAGUUCUGGAACAAUUGUGGUAUAUAAUUCAACUUGUGUUUAGCCACUGAACGCUUUACAUUUUGUCCUAAUUGCAAAUUGAGAAUGAUUUGAUGACUAGAUAGGCAGCAGGUCUAGUUGUCUUUAUUUCUAUUCAGUUCAUGCAAACUAAGAUGUUUUCAAUAUUAAUAAUUAAUUGUGUAAAGAAAAAAAAGAACAAAAAAAUAUUUAAAAAUGUAACACCCCAAUUAUGUACAUUCUUUGUACAUUUUAAAUGAUGAAGAAUGUAAAAAAUGUUUUAUCAAUGUAAACUGGAUUCUUGUCCUGAGUUGAAAAAAGCUGAUGUUUUUCUUAAAACGUUGAAUCUUUCAUUGGAGACAUAUUUAUUCUAAGACAUUUGUGAUGACACAGACAUCCCACUGUUAACUGGUACUAUUGUUUAUAGACUAUAUUUAGAUGUUUGACAUUUUUGUACCACAAGGCCAUAUUCUCCUGUGUGCAGCUUCUUGGUUCAUUGCAAAUUGCUGUGAUUUCAACAGCAUGUUUGUCAGGCUUUCGAACACCUAAAUAUCAAGUCUGCCUGAAUUCAUACUUUACAGACUGUAAUAAAAGUUGAUGAUAUUUUACAUAUGCCAGGUUUAUUUUUAUACGGUAAUGUAAAUUGAUCAAUUAUUUUUACCAAAAAAAAAAAUACUAAAAGGUAUGUUAGUGACAUUAAAUGCCAGGUUUUAUUUUAUUUUCUUUACUCAGAGUUUUGUGACACCAUAUAGCAAUGUUAGUUCAAUUUUACGAAUAUGAGCAGUGCCAACUUUACUGUAUUUCUAAUAGAGACAUGAAGUUGCGUGUGUGUAUAUAUUUUUCAAAUGUUGCCCGAUUUAAUUUUUUUUGUUUUCUUACCAUCUUUCUAAUUAAAAUAUCUUAUUUGCCUCUUUAAAAAUAAAUAUCCUUCAAUUUUAACAGUUACCUUUUGUUCAGAAGAGUUCAACAUCAAGUAUAAAUUGAUUAUUUAAAUGCAGGGAUGACUGAUCUCUUUUCUAUUAUGUAUUCCCUGAGCAAUACUUUCUCUGUGGAGUUCUAGCAUUGUUAAAGUUUAUCAACAGUGUUGGAGCCAGAGCAACAUCACCUUGAAGGAGCCACCAUUGUCAAUUGUUAAAGUUGGGAGCCAUCAUUUCAUUGUAAUGUAAAAAAGAAAAGGUCUCUUCCAUUAUAACAGUACUUUAUUUGCAUGCUCGGUUGUCUCCCCAUCCCAUCCCAUCUACCACCUGAAACAACAAUUGGGCAAUCAGCAGAUUUGAUGAUUUAUUGUGAGUUUCAUCUUAAUUUAAGAAUUAGCAACAUAAAAAAGAACCAGUUGCAAUUUGUUUUGCUUAAGGAAAUAUUAUUAUGUGUCUUUAUGUUCCAAAGCUAUGCCUAUUGUUUUUAAUCAUGAUGUGACCUUGGCAUGAUUGUUGACAUUUGCUGUGACAUGCCAUUUAACUCUAACUUUAUAGCUUGACCAAAAGUAAUGUAUGUAAAGGAGUCUGAUUUUUUUUUGCAUUAUACCAUUGUUCAUUGAAGAGAUAAAAUAAUAUUUUUUAUUACAUUAUAGAUGACUGUUUUUGUCUUAUUUAAUCCAUGCAUUAUGUUCUUGUGAAUAUUGACUGUCCAAACUCUCUCAUGUGCGUCUGUCCACUCUCUCAUGCGUGACUGUCAAAAUAUCUUGUGUGUGGCUGUCAAAAUCUCUCAUGCUUGACUGUCAAAACUCUCUUAUAUGUGACUGUCAAAACUCUCUCAUGCUUGAUUGUCAAAACUCUCUGAUCCAUCCAUGACUGUUUUCUCCAACUUGAUUAAAAAUAAUUUUCUUCAGGGCUUUUCAAUAAUAAGCCAAGGUACUUUCAUCACCAACUCAUUUGUUUUCCAGAGCUAAGGUGCUAUUUAGAACAUGCAUGUCUGUGUAUGUUGAUUUUUCUCAUUUCAUUGUUACAAUCUUGCAUAAAAGUUUUGGACUGUGAGUUGUAAUAAAAUCUGGCAUAAAAGUGUUGGACUGUGAGUGGCAUUAAAAUCAGGCAUAAAAGUGUUGAACUUUGAGUGGCAAUAAAAUCUGGCACGAAAGUAAGUGACUGAGAGUGGCUAUAAAAUCUGGCAUACUUUGGGGCUGAUAAUUCAACAAUUGCAACAGAAAAUUUAGUAUUAAAAAAGUGCAACAGUUUUUUUUUAUUUUGUACAAAUG